AUUUCAAAAUUUCAACUUCCCCUCCAAAACCCAACCCAACUGCCCAACUCUUUUUUUUUCCUCUCUCUCUCAUCUCAAAUUCUCACCUACCCACUUCAAAACCCUUCUCCUUUCUCCCACAAUUCACAAUUCACAAAUCACAAAUCACAGAUUACAAAUCAGUCUCUCUCCCCCAGAUAUUCAAAUGCAUCAAUCUCUCAGAAGAUCUCCCAGGCUCAUUCUCUCUCCUCCCCAACAACAACAACAACAACAACAACAACAACUUCUUGCUCUCACAUUGCAUGACAAUGAAGAUCAGAAGAAACCAACCAAAACACACAUUCUACUUGAUCAACAUUACUCUUUCUGUACUCCUCAGCCUCUUAAAAUUCGUCACCCUAAAAAACAAAAGACCAAAAUUUUGUUUUUGACUUCUUCAUCCGCUGCCAUUUCUCUAAGAAAGUCGCCUAGAUUAGCCGCUUCCUCUAAUGGCGUAACAUCUUCCUCUACAUUAUCCAAUUCUUCUCCAACCAAUGUCAGAUCUUCUGCUUCUUCUCUUCAUGGUAAGAGGAAGCUCAAUUCUAUGGAAACUCCGCUCAAAACUAACAACAUUCAACUUCAUGCUCCUGAGUUUGUGAGGCGAUCGCCUAGGGUUUCGGCGUCGAAACCGGCAUUGAAAUUGAUCAAAUAUGUGAAAUGUGAGGAAAGUAAGAAGAUUAAAGUUGAUGAUAGGGAAUCUGUGAGGCGAUCACCUAGGUUUUCGUCGUCGAAAUCGGAGAAAAAUGCAGCAUUGGAAUUGAUGAAAUAUGUGGAAUGUGAGGAAAGUGAAGGAAAGUUGGGGAUGGAAUCUGUGAGCUUAUUGAUUGAAGAAGAGAAGGUAUUGAGACGUUCACCGAGAGAAUUGCCGUCAUCUUUGGGGGUGGAUGAUGAAUGUGAUGAAUUUGAGCUGGGAUAUUCUUUGAAGAAGACAAAGAAGAAGAAAAAGAAAGCACCAAAAGAAGAGGAAAUUAUAGAGAGGAGAGAGAAAAUUAUUGAUGUAUCUGAAACUAGGAAGAAUUGCUUCUUCAUUGGGGACCCGGUUCCUCAGGAAGAGGCUCUUCAGAAAUGGGGCUGCCGCUACCAAUUCAAGAAUAGAAGAAUUAACGGCGGAAGUUUGGCAGGAAAUGCUAGAGAAGAAAAUGAACCAACUCUAGAAGUAAAAUGCCACUAUACUCAAGCAGAAAUAAACGGGUGCAUAUUUCAUCUAGGAGAUUGUGCACUAAUAAGGGGUGAAAACCAAAAACAUAUUGGAAGGAUCAUAGAAUUCUUUGAAACAAUGGAUAGGGAAGAUUAUUUCAGGGUCCAGUGGUUCUACAAACCUGAGGAUACGGUGAUGAAAGAGGAAGCUUCUUUUCAUGACAAGAAGCGGAUAUUUUAUUCCUCUAUUAUGAAUGACAAUCUGUUAGCUUGUAUCAUCUCUAAACUGAAUGUGAUACAAGUUUCACACCAGCUAAAUAUGAAUUCAAGCUCUAUUGAACCAUCAGACUUCUAUUAUGAUAUGGAGUACUGUUUGGAGUACUCAACUUUUCGCAACUUGCCAAGAGGUGAUUCUCUCGAGGGCUGUAAAUUACCGUCACUUAGCUGUCCUGAAUCCAUCCUUCCCCUUACUAGCUCUCCUGUAGCGGUGAAUAGAACUAUAUGCAAAACGUAUAAUCCCGAGUUAACCAUGUUAGAUAUUUAUGCUGGCUGUGGGGGAAUGUCUACUGGGUUAUGCAUGGGAGCUAAACAUUCUGGCAUUAAUCUUGUAACGAGAUGGGCAAUUGAUGCUGACAGCUCAGCUUGCGAAAGCUUGAGAUUGAAUCAUUCCAAUAUACGAAUUAUGAAUGAAACGGCUGAUGACUUUCUGGAGCUGUUAAAGCACUGGGAGAGGCUGUGCAAAAAGUAUGUCAUUGAAGAGACACAUCAACCAUUUUCUUCUCCACAGAAGGUAUCAGAUUUAGCUGAAGCCUCUUCAGAUGCUCAAUCAAACAGCGACACUGAAGGUGAUGAAUUAGAGGUUUUGGGAUUGGUCGACAUUCGUUAUGGUGAUGCUGAUGGAUCAGGAAAGGAAGGGCUCCAAUUUAAGGUUCGUUGGAAAGGAUUUGGUCCAAGUGAAGAUACAUGGGAACCGAUCGACGGGUUGAGUAAUUGUCAAGAUUUGAUACAAGAAUUCGUUAUAAAUGGGUUUAAGAAAAAUAUAUUGCCGCUGCCAGGUAAUGUAGAUGUCAUAUGUGGAGGACCUCCAUGUCAAGGAAUCAGUGGGUAUAACCGGUUCAGAAGUGUUGAUGCUCCUUUAACUGAUGAGAGGAACCGUCAACUAGUAGUCUUUAUGGACAUAGUGGAAUACCUAAAGCCUAAGUUUGUUCUAAUGGAAAAUGUGAUGGAUAUCUUAAGGUUUGACAAGGGUUCACUUGGAAGAUACGCAUUAAGCCGUUUGGUGCAUAUGAAUUAUCAGGCUAGAGUUGGAAUAAUUGCUGCUGGUUCCUAUGGUCUUCCUCAAUUUCGAUUACGUGUUUUCUUUUGGGGUGCUCUUCCCAGUGAGGAAUUGCCCCAGUUUCCACUUCCUACUCAUGAUGUUGUUGUCAGAUACUACCCUCCAUCCGAGUUUGAGAGAAAUAUUGUAGCUUAUGAUGAAGGUGCCCAACCUCCUGAACUAGAAGAUGCUGUUUUCCUGGGUGAUGCCAUCUCUGAUCUGCCUGCAGUGACAAACUAUGAAUCUUUGGAUGCAAUGCCGUAUAGUAGGCCUCCGGAGACUGAAUUUCAGAAGUAUAUAAGGUCAACAAAAUAUGAUAUGUGUAACUCUGCAUCAACUGAAGAGGAAGCUGUACUUUAUGAUCAUCGACCUCAUCAGUUAUUUGAGGACGACUAUAUACGUGUAUGUCAGAUCCCGCAAAGAAAGGGAGCGAAUUUCAGGGAUCUCCCUGGUGUAAUUGUGGGAGAUGAUAACGUGGUUCGGCGGGAUCUGACACAAGAAACUGUGCUUUUGCCUUCUGGAAGGCCAAUGGUUCCAGAGUAUGCCUUUACUUUUGAGCAAGGAAAAUCUAAAAGACCAUUUGCGAGACUCUGGUGGGAUGAGACGAUGCCAACUAUAGUCACCUACCCCAAUUGCCACAGCCAGGCAGUACUACAUCCUGAGCAAGAUAGAGUGCUUUCAGUACGUGAAUGUGCAAGGCUGCAAGGAUUUCCUGAUAAUUAUCGCUUUUCUGGAACUGUCAAGAAAAGGUACCGGCAAGUGGGAAAUGCUGUGGCUGUUCCAGUUGCUAAGGCUUUAGGCUAUGCUUUGGGGAUGGCAUCCCAAAGGCUUAUUGACAAAGAACCUCUUUUAACCCUCCCACCAAAGUUUGCAUAUUCAACCAUCUCUGUUUGUGAUGUUUGAUGAAAAUCAACCUACCGUUUAGACUGGCGAAAGACAAUGCUUUUUUGGUUGAACAAGGGAAGUAACAUUUCCCAUGUAUUUCCAUUUCCUAGGAUGUAGAGUAAGUUGUUUGUUUGAUCAAGGUAAAUAUUUACUUGCCUUGCCUAUAUGGACCUCGACACUUCUUUCAUUUUUUGCCAAUCAAACAACUUCACACGCUCUACUUCCUAGGAAUUUCAACUUCCCAUGUGUUUUAUAUCAACCAAAUAAGUACUUAGAUGUCAUGUAUGUUAGCUCUAUUUAAUUGUAACUUUCCUUUGUAACAUCGAUUGCCUGUGCAGCUUUUCCUGUAACAGGUAAUAAUUAUGUACAACUGUAUAUUGCCUUGGCUAAGUUCAAAGGCCACCGAUGAUAACACCUUUGUUGUAAUCUAUACCAAUUAAUCCUCAGUGGAAACUGUAAGAACAAAUGAACUUCUCAGUUUCUGUUAUCUGAUACGUUGGGCUCAACAUAAUAAAAUGUCAAGAUGAUCAAAUCACUUUCUUUUAUUAAUUA